CUCCUCUCCAUAUCUCUAGGAUUCAAUCCUCAUCAGAGAGACACUCAAAAAAGUGUAAGAAAACUCAAAAACUAAAAGAAAAAGAAAACGAAACGAUUUUAAAGUAGAAAUAGUGUGUGUCCGAAGAGAAGAAAAAAAAAAAAAAAAGAAACACUAAACUCACACUGUGUCUGAACGAGGAAGAAGAAGAAGAAGAGAAAAGAAAACUUGGAUUGUCAUUCAAGUCAAGGAAGAAGAAGAGGAGUUAAGUUUAAGGUUAAGAUUAAGGAGGAGAGACGGGGACAAAGAGUUAAAUCGUAAAAACCGAGGAGUAAAGUGAGGAUUUUAGGGUUUUUAAUUUGAAUGUGACAAGUUCAGAUCCAAUAAUGGCCGAUCUUCCCGGCGAUAAUGAUGGUUUUUCUUCGAUAACAAUGAUGUCGGAUUUUAAUUACAGUGGUGGCGGUGGUGGUGGUCGUAUGGGUAAUGAAGUAGGAGCGCCUCCGUCGAUAGGUUCUGCAUCUUUUAAAGAAGGAGGGAGAAGUUUAAGAAGAAGGCCAUCUGUAAGACCUAGUUUAGAUGCGGAUGAGUUUAUAAAUCUAUUACAUGGUUCGGAUCCGGUGAAAGUUGAGCUUAAUCGUUUGGAAAAUGAAGUUAGAGAUAAGGAUCGGGAAUUAACCGACGCACAAGCUGAAAUCAAGGCGUUGAGGUUAUCGGAGCGUUCUAGAGAAAGAGCUGUUGAAGAGCUUACUGACGAGUUGUCUAAAGUGGAUGGGAAGCUCAAGUUGACAGAGUCUCUCCUUGAAAGCAAGAAUCUUGAGAUAAAGAAAAUCAAUGAUGAAAAGAAGGCCUCGAUGGCUGCUCAGUUUGCAGCAGAAGCCACCCUUCGAAGGGUUCAUGCUGCUCAGAAGGAUGAUGACAUGCCUCCUAUUGAAGCCAUUCUUGCACCACUGGAGGCAGAGCUUAAGCUCGCUCGACAAGAGAUUGCCAAGUUGCAGGAUGACAACAAGGCACUAGAUCGCCUUACAAAAUCAAAAGAAGCAGCCCUGCUUGAAGCUGAGAGGACCGUCCAGGUUGCCUUGGCAAAGGCCUCCAUGGUGGAUGAUCUUCAGAAUAAGAACCAGGAGUUAAUGAAACAGAUUGAAAUUUGUCAGGAAGAGAAUAAGAUCUUGGACAAAAUGCAUCGCCAAAAGGUUGCUGAGGUUGAAAAGCUUAGCACAACUGUGAGGGAACUGGAAGAGGCUGUUCUUGCAGGUGGAGCAGCAGCAAAUGCUGUGAGAGACUACCAACGGAAAGUUCAAGAGAUGAAUGAGGAGAGAAAAACCCUCGACAGAGAACUAGCUCGUGCGAAGGUCACAGCAAAUAGGGUUGCAGUUGUAGUAGCUAAUGAAUGGAAAGAUGCUAAUGAUAAAGUGAUGCCUGUAAGACAAUGGCUUGAAGAUCGUAGGUUUUUGCAGGGAGAAAUGCAGCAACUUCGAGACAAACUUGCGAUUGCAGAGAGAGCUGCCAAAUCUGAAGCACAACUAAAAGAAAAGUUUCACCUGCGACUCAAGGUUCUAGAGGAAGGAUUAAGGGGAUCCCCUGCAAUUAGCCGAACUCCAGAAGGAAGAAGUAUAAGCAAUGGGCGUUCGCGUCGUCAAUCCCUUGGCGGAGCAGAUAACAUUUCCAAAUUAUCUUCCAACGGAUUUUUACCCAAGAAAACACCAACUUCCCAGUUAAGACCUACCAUGUCCUCGGGUUCCGCUGCUAUUCUGAAGCAUGCAAAAGGGACAUCAAAGUCGUUUGAUGGAGGCACCAGAUCAUUAGACAGGGGUAAAUUGCUUCCUAAUGGAAUAAACCUGAACCAUUCGCUCAAUAAAUCUAUUGAUGCCAGAGAUAGUGGGGUUAACGACUUAAAAGGGAGUCCUGACAGAAAACCUAGUGACUUUCCGAUUGUUGAUUCGGAAGAUUCUGUCUCUGGAUUAUUAUAUGACAUGCUGCAAAAAGAGGUUAUUGGCCUGAGGAAAGCUAGCCACGAAAAAGAUCAGAGCCUUAAAGACAAGGAUGAUGCUAUUGAGAUGCUAGCAAAGAAGGUGGAUACGUUGACCAAGGCAAUGGAGGUCGAGGCAAAGAAGAUGAGGAGGGAAGUAGCUGCAAUGGAAAAGGAGGUAGCUGCUAUGCGCGUAGAUAAAGAACAUGAGAACAGAUCUAAACGACUCGGUAACUCGAAGGGUUCUGCAAGCAGUUCUCAGCUGCUUCCUGGGAGAAAUGUAUCACGAAGUGGACUUGUUCGCAAUAUCCAAUGACUAAAAAGCCCCGAUGACUCAAAUGGAAAAUCGGAGGACAUCGGUGGCUUCUGACUUUUAACUAAGGUAGCGAGAAAGUCUGAAAGUGGACUAACCUUUUGGGAGGUUUUUGUCUUGUCUGAUAUUUUAGUAUUUGUGUGGUUGUAUAGGUUUCAUUGUGUUUAUUUUAUUUUCCUCAUCUAUAUUUGUAACCUCCAAGUUAGUUUGCGUGUUGAUGGUUGCUGAAGAUUGUGAAUAUUCUUGUACUGGUAUCGAGAUCAGAACGUUUAUGGUUUGGUGAUUCUCUUUUUUAUUCAUCUAUUCCUCUCUCAGUGGCCAUACACACUCUGAAAAGAAGAUUUCUGCUUUUCCAUGUUCAGACCAUCAAUGUAUACAAUUCUAGAUUGCUUCU